CAACAGCGACGAAGAACGACAUCUGAGCUGUUUGGUGUUUGUGAGGGAAGCGUGACGUGAGGUGUGAGACAGCUCCCAUCGCACAAUAACAAACUUGGAACGAUGGAGGAAGGGGAUGCUGAUAGCUAUGGUGGCGUCCCAACACUGGUUGCCAUGUGCGCAGCCAUGUUUUUUGGAGCCUUUGGCGCAGGGCAGCUGCCUCUAUGCCUCAACAUUCCACCAGCCAGAACGCGCCAGGUGAAUGUGUUUGCUGCUGGCUUACUGCUGGGCACGGCCUUGAUCAUCAUCGUGCCGGAGGGCCUGCACAUGUGGCUGGAGGCAUUGCAGCACGGCCAGGACCACGACCACGGCCAUGAAACCGCACAUGGAGGCCACCACGGCAUGGGCGCCACGGCAACCACAAGCACAUCAGCUGCGCGCCACAACCACCACGACCACCACGAUCACGGGGAUCUCGAACACGAGCAUGGCGCGCACGCGCACUUGCCUCACUGGCAGGUCGGCAUCGCCAUGGCGCUUGGGUUUGUGUUUAUGCUGGUGGUCGAGAAGAUCAGCGGGGGUUUCGGGCACAGCCACCACGGGGGCGAGCAGCCUGCACGCACGAAGGAGCUGCUGCCAAUCAUUGCCACGUCCUUGGGGGACGACCACAACCACGGGUCGCCAUCGUCAGCAGCAGCAGCAGACGCGCAUCGCGGCCACGGCCACCACCAUGAGACGGGCGGCAGUGCCAGCAAUGGGAACGGCAACGGGGCUGGGGGGAAGGGAGCUGGGAGCGCCAGUGAUGGCGGUCGUGGCAGUGGUGGUGUGUCCGAUGCUGCUGCUGCUGCUGCUGCAACAGGGAACGGCAGCACAGGGAGCAAGGCCCGCAUGGACUUGGAAGCGGCUGUAUCGAUCAGCGGCACUGCUGUUGCGCCUCCGCCAACUGCGGCGUUUCUUGGACUUCUCAUCCACUCUGCUGUCGACGGCAUCGCACUCGGCGCGUCGUGUUUCGCUGGCGGGGAGACAACGACCAUCAUCUUCCUUGCCAUCAUGCUGCACAAAGCGCCUGCUGCGCUUGGUCUGUGCGUGUAUUUGGGGCAGCAGGGCCAGAAGCAGCGCGAUGUCCGCCGCUAUCUCCUCAUCUUCUCCAUCGCCGCCCCAGUUGGCGCGGUGCUGACGUUUGCUGGGAUGGCGGCGCACAUCUUCACGUAUCAGCUGCUCUCGCUCGCCCUCAUUAUGCUCUUCUCAGGCGGGACGUUCCUGUUUGUUGCGACUGCGCACAUCCUGCCGGAGCUGAUGCACGAGGCACCACCCUCAUGGCCUGAGGUGGCCAUCCUCUGCGCUGGCGUUGUCGCCCCCUUCUUCAUCAGCAUCGAGCAUGGCCACUGAUGCCACCUUAGGCACGUGUGCCCUUUGGUGUGGUUUUGUGUCGUGUACGUGCAACAUCGCACUCAUGGUCACUGUCGUAUGUGCUUGCUUAGCUGUGGGAUGGGGCCGGUUGACUGCGAUUGCGCGUGUCACAGCACAGAUGCACGCCAGCGCACAUGCAGUCCUCACAGCUGUUGUUGGUCGCUUGGGCCGAUGGGCCGGCCCCGACUUGUCUUUUCCUUCUCCUUCUUCCUUUCCUUCUCUCCUCGUGCUGUGUUGUAUUACCUGGGCUUGUUCUUUCUUCGAUUAAAGUUGUCUAUGGGAUGCGCCACCCUGUCUCCGGCACCAGCAGCGGGCGGCGACAACCAACACAAACACAAACAAGCAACGCAACUACUCAACAGUGAAAAUGUUGAUGCAAAAUAAAAGCAAAAGAAAGUGA